CUGGUUCAUCCCUCAGCGUCACCGUGAGAAAACGCAUGUCUUGGAGCGGAAGGGGUCACGUACCGAGCUAGGCUGCAACUAUUGCUCAGCCUCUUGAGAAACUGCGUACCGCAGGUGAGGUCUAAGGAUCAUGGCCUCGUGGUGGCAGCCUCAUCGUGGAAGCCCAGCCGCAACAGCCGCAAUCGUCACCCUUGUCGCCGCUGGAGCUGCAUUAGUGUACGCUCUCCUCCCACCUCGCCCCCUUCGCGACCGGCUACAAGGACCACAGCCAGAUGAAGUAACCCAGAUCGACAAUGACAUCUACGAGGGUGAGAGUGGCUUCUGGGACGACGCAGAGGAUGCUCCCCUUCGUCUCGUCAAUGCCGCGAGGAUUCCCUACUUUGCCUCCAUCUGGGAGCGCGAGGUACAGCCGGUGCAGGGCGAAGAGCGUCGCUACCUCGACGUCGGCUGCGGCGGGGGCGUAGCAACAGAGGAGCUAGCCAAGCUCUCCUUUAUAGACCACAUCGUCGGUCUCGACCCGGCAAAGGGGGCAAUUCGACACGCCCAGCAGCGGGUCAAGCAACUCAAUCUCAACGGCAAGCUUUCCUACGUGACAGGCUCCGCCUUCUCCCUCCCGUUUCCCUCGAAUCACUUCAACGGCGUCGUCUCCUCCGACGUCAUCGAGCACCUCGAGGACGUUUCGGCCGCCCUGGCCGAGGUAUAUCGCGUCCUCAAGCCAGGAGGGAUCUUUGUCUUCGACACGAUCAAUCGCACCGCCUACUCGUGGUUGACGACGAUCCUGCUCGCCCAACGCCUGCUGCGCUACAUCCCGGAGGAUGCGCAUGAUUGGCGUCUCUACGUGACGCCGCAGGAGAUGAGGCAUGGCUUGGAGAAGGCUGGAUUUGAGGUCGGUGAUGAGAGGAGUGAGUGGAGCGGGAUGGGGCCGAGCCUUUAUGCGCCUCAUAGGGUGCUCCGGCGGCUCCUGGCGGAGAAAAAGGGGAGGGCCAGUCUGUUCGGGCCGUGGGGUCAGAGUAGAUGGAACAAGCAGGCAUCGUAUCUGGGUUGGGCCAGAAAGCCACUCGAGAAGGCAGACAAGCCAGAGUGAAAUAGAUAGAUUGAAACAUGAGCCAGCGAGAAGACGAGAGGGAGCAACGAGCGAGCAUUAAAAGGUAUUCUGCUAACGAGCGUGAUGUGCUUCAGAGCGAGCACUUCGCUUGACUUGCAAUUCGGAAUCGUCCUAGAGGGUAUGCACGAAGCAAUGAAGGCA